AUGACCGUCCCCUCACCGGAAGAGGGUCUGACCCCGGAGCAGCUCGCCCGCUUCCACCGCGACGGCUACCUCAUCAUCCCCGGCGCUCUGUCCCCGGAGACCGUCGGGGGCCUGCUCUCCGAGACCCACUCGCUGCUGGACAACUUCUCCCUCGCGGAUCACCCCAUGACGCGCUUCUCCACCGGCGAUAAGGCCGACCACGUCGGCGACGACUACUUCCUCUCCUCGGGCGACAAGGUCCGCUUCUUUUUCGAGGAGGACGCUUUUGACGACGCCGGCAACCUCAUCAAGCCGAAAGCCCGCGCCAUCAACAAGAUCGGCCACUACCUGCACGGCCUCUCGCCGCCCUUCGCCGCCAUCUCGGACCCGAACCCGAGCAAGGUCGGCGCCGGACCCGUCAAGGGCAAGCCGUGCGCCGUCGCCCGCAGCCUGGGCUUCCGCGACCCGCGGUGCCUGCAGAGCAUGGUCAUCUGCAAACAGCCCGAGAUCGGCGGCGCCGUGCCCCCGCACCAGGACUCGACCUUCCUGUACACGAACCCGCCGUCCGCCGUCGGCUUCUGGUACGCCCUCGAGGACGCCACGCUCGAGAACGGCUGCCUGAGCUUCCUGCCGGGCUCGCACCGCUGGGCACCCGUGACGCACCGCCUCGUGCGAAAGGCCGGGGGCGGCGCCGGCACCGAGAUGGUGGCUAACGACGGCCCGCGGUUCCCGCCCGGCGAGGAGUACGGCGGCGCGGGGGAGGAGCAGGACGGCAAGGGCGGGGAGUACGUCCCCGGCGAGGUCAAGGCCGGCGACCUGGUGCUGAUCCACGGCAACCUGCUGCACAAGAGCGAGAAGAACCUGAGCAGCAAGGGGCGCAUCAUCUACACGUUUCACGUCAUCGAGGCGGAAGGCACGGCGUACGACGAGAGGAACUGGCUGCAGCCGCCCGAGGCCGGGUUCACCAGGUUGUAUGCUUCCUAA